AUGAAAGCUAUCCAUGACUCGUCACACGCCUGGAAUGACUUCACCAAGAAGGGCACAACAGAGCAGAUGCUGGUGCAGGUGGCCUUCAAGGCUCCCAAUAUCCUUUCCGUGCAACAUUUAGACGACCAGGAACAUAUAAAGAGGGCCCACGCCCGAUUUGCCCCUUUCAUGGAGCUCUUCCAGCACGUGGCCAUGAUUCCGAUAGUGGGAUCGGCCAGCAUGCCGGAUCUGUACCGCCGUCUUCAGGUCAGCCUCCGCGUCUGCUUCCCCUCCCAGGACGACAUGACCUGUCUCGCCGUGCUGCAGCAGCCGCUCCUCAACGUCUGCAUCAACGAGACCCUGCGGCUGGUGCCGCCCAUCAACGGACACGGCAGCCACCGCAUGGCGGCUUACGACACGGUCGUCGAGUCCCGACUCAGCAUCGUUAAGCAGAACGACAAGGACUUGUACUCGGCAGAGCAAAUCACCAAACAAAUUGCGGGACAAUGGCUCGAGUCUGGCGUGCACCUUUUAUUUGACAUCCAUGACCGCACGUUCCAGUUUCUCCCGGACACCCUGGCGGAGCACAACUACAACGACAUCAACGACAUCCAUAACGGUGUGUUCCAAAAGGCUUUCGGUACAGAGCUGAGCUGCUACGAGUAUCUGGCCCAGAACCCAAAGCUGCAGGGGUUCAUGCAGUACGCCAUGAAGCUUACCCCGAACGAAGGGGACUGGCUGGACGUGUUUCCUCCCGUGGACCCCGUCAAGUUCACGGACCCCGGCCGGUACCUUUUUGUGGACGUUGGCGGUGGCAUGGGCCACCAGGCCAUCCGAUGGAGGGAGCGAUUCUCCAAAGUGCCGGGCCGCGUGGCACUGCAGGACAUGGAGAUCACCAUCAAGCGACUGACCGAUCCGCUGCCGGGCGGGGUCGAGCCCACGGUCCACAACUUCACCGACCCGCAGCCAAUUAAGGGCGCCAAGUUCUACUACCUGCGCAACGUGCUCCAUGGCCUCCCCGACGCCGAGUGCGUCAAGAUGCUCAAGACCCUGGCGCUCGCCUUUGCCCCUGACUCUCGCUUGGUAAUCGACGACAUCCUGGUGCCCGACCAGAACGCCGGCAGGAUUCUGUGUCAGCUCGACUUUAUAAUGCUGGCAUCGAUUGCUGGUAAGAAGAGGACGAGGCCCGAGUGGUUCGAACUCCUCCGGGACGCAGGUUACCACAUCGAAGAAAUCCUUACCUACAACGCACCACUACAGGAAUCCCUCAUCAUCGCUUACCCCGUCAGCUCUAACGGAUCUUCGACCGCAAGAUAA